AAAACUUUGCGCACACAGCUGACCGUCCCAUGGGAGACGCAUACGGCAACCCGGGUUAUCCUCUUCGUGAUAUCCGCGAGGAGCCGCAGCACUUCUCAUACACUCAGUCGCCGUUCUCGCCUACCGAUGGCGGUCAACGGCAUCACCACCCUCCCGCGACGCCUGCCAUCCACGCUGUGCACCCUCCGCCGCGUGAUCACUCGGGGACCCUUCCGUAUGGGCAUGGGAAUAGGCGCUCCGGCAAUGAGCCUCAGAGCUAUCAGAACAUCGUCAACCACCACUACCCUCACCUGCCACCACCCCAGUCCUCUACCGGCGCGCUGCGACGCCUCUCCCCGCCACGCAUAUCCGAUCUCUCCCACCCGACCUUACGUCCUCCUUUCAGUAAUGGCGGGGAUUGAUCAGAUCCGGCCCUUCGAUUUAUCAGCAUCCCGCGACUGCAAAUGUACCGCACCGUUUCCUCGCACGCGCACACACCUCGUUCCCACCCUUUCAUCCCUCCAAGCGUCCCGAGCGCCUUUACCAUUAGGCCGCUUUCUGUAUCAUUAUUCUCUCGAACAAGCUCCUACGUUCCCGCUAUGUUGUUUUACCUCUCGCGGGCGUUUACUAAGGUAUCCUGUUCCAAACGGAUCCCUUUAGACUAAUGACGCCACCGCAUGGACACUGUAUCAUUCUCAGGGCGUCUCGCUUCCUUUUGAGGUCGUGCGGUACUACUUACUUCGGUCUCUACCUAGUACUUACCAUCUACCUGAUCCCCGUCGGAACAACCACAUCUUUAAUCGCU